AUGGCUGAUGAUGACUCCAAUGAAGAGCUUUUUUUAUCAUACAACGAGGAUAACACGUCCACAGAUUUACUCAUAGACGAUCCAGAGACAAUGACGACGGUGUCAAGUUCGAGUGAAGAGCCCGAGGAGAAGCGAACCGAACUGGAAGUGGCUGCAAGCACUUCCGCCGUUCUAAAUGUUUUAUUAUUUCAUCCUGCUUGUAUUGUGCAAUAA